AUGCCAGGGUCCAGCUUUUCCUUCCUCUGUGAUGGGAACCUUGAGAAAGAUUCCCUCCUCCAGCUGGCCGCACAACAAUGUCAGGUUCCGAUAGAACAAAUUGAGGAUAUCUAUCCCUGCACCGCCGCGCAAGAAGGCCUCUUUGCUCUUUCUGUUAAAAGUUUGAAUGCUUAUAUUGCCCGCUAUAUCUAUACCUUACCCCGCGAUACCAACAUCACCCGAUUCCGAGAUGCCAUUGUAGCCACCCUUGACGCGCAUACCAUCUUGCGCACAAGGCUAAUCCAAGCGAGUGAGCAUGGCACACUGCAAGUGGUGGUUCGGCAAGGUGUCGAGAUUUCUUCUUCAGAUAAUUGGAACACCUACUUGGCUAGUGACAGUCAACAGCAAAUGCCACCGGGUGCGCCAUUGAUUCGUGUUGGCAUCAUCGAGGGUCAGGAACAGACUGCUCUAGUGAUCACCAUACAUCACGCCCUGUAUGACGACUGGUCUCUCAAUGUCGUGCUUAAAGACAUUGAAAGAGCAUAUGAUGGCACCCCACUGGCACCGCGGGUAUUUGCUGAUUUCACAGCACAUUCCCUCUCCGCACAGUCUGAAGACUCUGCCCACUACUGGCGAUCCCAACUGGGGGGGGCCUCUGCAUCACGGUUCCCUCGUCUUCCCUCUGAUUCAUAUAUCGCGGCUGCCAGAGGCUCGAUGAUUACACAGGUACCCUUUGCUCAUAUCAUGACCGAGGCAGAACAGUCUGCUGUGAUUGAAUUGGGCUGGGCGCUGCUGGUGGCGCAGUCUACCGGCUCACUGGACGUCACUUUCGGCGUCACCCUUACAGGGCGACGGGAGCCGCUCCCCGGUAUUGGGGACAUGUCGGGUCCAACUAUCGCUACUGUCCCAUUUCGCGUGCACCUGUCUCCGACUACCCGUGUCACUGAUGCUCUGGAAUCCCUUCUAUCGAAGGCGGACGAGAUGCUUCCAUUUGAGCAGCGAGGACUGUACCACAUUGGCCAUCUAGGGAGUGACACCGCCGCCGCUUGCCAGUUCCAAACUCUGGUAGUGAUCCAAUCCCCUCCCCAAUACCAGUACAAGUAUCUACGUGAAACAACCCAGGACCACGACUUGCUCAAUCAUGCAACCUUUGGCACAUACCCACUGACGCUCGUCUGUGAUUUGGCACAUGAUAGUGUCCGUGUGCAGGCCGUCUACGAUGAUCAGGUUAUUCCCGUGGAGCAAAUGCAGCGAAUCUUAGACCAGUUCCGUACAAUUCUGGUACAAAUCGCUGGAGUCCAGCAUGAUGAUGCCUCUAUGGUUUUAAGUCGGAUUGAAAGUGUCAGCGCGAGAGACUUGCAAGAACUUAAGCAUUGGAACGGCCAAGUGCCUCCCAAGGUUGAUAUCUGCAUGCAUGACCUAAUUCUUGAACAGUGUCGCAGCCAGCCAGGCUCUCCCGCUGUCUGUGCCUGGGAUGGCGGCUUCACCUAUGGGGAGAUUGAUGACUUGUCCUUGAAACUUGCAACGCAUUUGUCGCGUUCGCACGGGGUAGGCCCGGAGGUCUUUGUGCCUGUAUACUUUGAAAAAUCCAAAUGGACCACUGUUGCGAUAUUGGCUGUUAUGAGGGCCGGAGCGGCAUUCGUUCUGUUAGAUCCUUCCACUCCGUUAUCGCGCAAUGAGACCGUCUGUCGUAAAGUUAAUGCUCUCUGUGUCUUGUCAUCCAUCUCUCUGGCCGCCUCGGCAGGAGCCCUAGCGGACACGAUCAUCCCCAUAGGCGCGGAGGCUAAGGUGUUCCAACCCACCCCCAACAACAACAACAACAACAGUGCUACGGAAGAGAGCGAGUUAUCGUCAUUUUCAUCCUCAUCCAAUGCCCUCUAUGCGGUAUUUACCUCCGGGUCUACGGGAGCUCCAAAGGGCGUGAUAAUCGAGAACGCCGCAUUUGCCACCAGCACCAAAUCAUACAUCCAGACCGGCCAAAUGACCCAAGAAACCCGUGCCUUACAGUUUGCAUCAUACGCGUUUGAUGUCAGCAUAUCAGACACCCUGGUAACCCUGACAGCUGGAGGCUGCAUCUGCGUACCCUCCGAGGAGGAACGCAAGGCCGAGCUGGCUCAGGUCGUGGCCAAGUACGGGAUCAACUGGGCCGAUUUCACCCCGUCUUUGCUUCGCCAGCUCUCCCCGGAUCAGAUGCCAUCGCUUCGGGUGAUUGUCUUAGGAGGAGAACCGAUGUCUCAAGCGGAGAUAGAGAUCUGGAGUCCGCAUGUCAGGCUCCUGAACAUUUAUGGCCCCGCCGAAUGCUGUGUGCUGUCCACCAUUCAGGCCAACAUCACUCGGGCGACUGAUCCGCGGGAUAUUGGCUACGGCACUGGCUGUGUCUGUUGGGUCACCAAUCCUAUAGAUCCAAACACAUUAAUGCCUAUCGGAGCGGUUGGGGAGUUGCUUAUUGAAGGCCCAACUGUCGGCCGUGGAUACCUCGGUGAUGAAGAGAAAACAUGUGCUGCCUUCAUCGCUAGUCCGUCUUGGAUGGAGCUAUUCCGGCCAGCUGAUACGGCCUCUCGCCUCUACCGGACCGGCGAUCUCGUGCAGUACACCAACGAAGGUUCCCUGCGUUACGUUGGCCGCAGAGACAUGCAGGUCAAGCUACGGGGUCAACGAAUUGAACUCGAAGAAGUCGAAUACCAUAUCCUCGCCUGCUACCCAGACGCCGAUGAAGUUGUCGUGGAUGUCGUCUCUCUUGAGGGUCGUCAGGAACAGCUCGUAGCAUUUGUCUCGGUCAAAGGUGCCCCAGUCACCGACACUUUGGCUGAGCAAUUCCUCCGUGCCACCGCAGAAUUCCAUCACUCCGUAGCCACGGUGGAAGCUCUCCUACGCCAGAGAGUCCCAACCUACAUGGUUCCAUCUGUGUUCUUUCCGGUCUCUCACAUGCUGCGAACCGUCUCCGACAAAACAGACCGCCGACGCCUGCGACAGGCUGUUCAGAAUCUAACGCGUGAGCAGAUCGAGAGCUACCGUCGCCAACCGCGCCAGGCCACCAAACGGCCCCCCGUUUCGGAGUCUGCGCGUAAAAUGCAGGCCAUAUGGGCCCAGGUAUUGCAAGUUCCGAAGGAUGGAAUUGGUCUCGACGAUGGGUUCUUCCAGUUGGGUGGAGACUCGAUCACUGCCAUGAAAGUUGCUGCAAUCGCCAAGUCCCAGGGGUUGGCUCUAUCUAUCCCGGACCUCUUUCGG